AUGAUAAAGACGAGGAAUGAAAACCAAGAGCGCACACACACUCGCGCACAUCCAUCCAGCUUUUUUGUCAGCAGCAGUUAUUCAAACGAAGGCGGAACCUCUCCUGUCUUUGCUGUUGACGCACGGAAUUUAAUUUGGGACGGACGAAACAUGAACUCUCGUGUUCCUUCACGGAAGGUUCUUCAGUGGAUUAUAAGGCAUGCCACCUCAUCUCUAUUUAGCCCCCCACAGUCUGGUAGAUGGCUGCAUCGUCCAUUCGUCCAGUGUAGACUGUGUUCAUCUAGCAGCACCUCCUCGCUACAAAGUGCAGCCAGCAAUGACCCAGCUCCCAGAGUUCCACAGCUGUCUCUCCAAAGUCUGUCUGACAUGGGCUUCACAGACACACAGGCUGAGGAAAUAUAUAAAAAUGUCACCAAAUCCACUGCUAAGCAUUGUUUAUCAACUCUCACAGCUUUGUUUGUGUUGGGUCUCAACCCUUCCAGUGUGGUUAAGUUAUUAACUAAAUGUCCUGAGCUUUACACCAUCAAGGAAUCACUUCUUCAGCAGCGCAUUAGCAACCUGCGCAGACUUGGUUUGGGAGAAGGCAGUCUUCAGAGAGUGGUGGCCUACUACCCUGCUAUCCUCACUGUGCCCGUGAAGACGGUCAACCAUGCGGUGAUGUUCCUCAGAGAGAAGUGUCUGUUUACAAUGCAGCAAGUCACAGAUAUUAUCCGGGACAGUCCUGCCGUGGUGCAAGAGGACCUGGCUCAGCUGCAGUAUAAGUUUCAGUAUGUCUACUUCCGAAUGGGCAUCAAACAAGCUGAGAUGGUCAAGAACAGAUUGUUUCGUUCCACCCUGGACGAGCUGCGCUGUCGUCACUGUUUUUUGGAGCGCCGAGGCUUGUACCAAACCCCCGACAAGAAAGGCCAGACCACCAUCAUUAACCCCAAACUGGACAACAUUCUCAACGUGGACCGGGACACUUUCCUGACACAUGUUGCCCAGGCAGCAUCGGCGGAGGAGUAUGACGUCUUUCAGAGACUGAUGGCCAGGGAGUGGCAGGAAGAGGAGCGUCACCUUGGCAACAUCCAAACAGGAAGUGUGGAGGAGGAGGAGGAAGAUGAGUUUGAAGGCAAGGAUGGUUAUAGGAAAAGGAAAAGAAAAUGACACUAAAAAGGGAAUUAUUUAAGUGAAAUGGCUCUACAAAGUGGGCCACACGGUGGAUGAGUGGUUACCAUGUAGGGUCUAUUCUCCACUUGGAAAUCUCUGUGUGGAGUUUGCAUGUUCUCCUAGUGCAUGCGUGGGUUUUCUCCGGGUACUCCGGUUUCCUCCCACAUUCCAAAAACAUGCUAGGUUAAUUGGCCACUCCAAAUUGUCCAUAGGUAUGAAUGUGAGUGUGAAUGGUUGUUUGUCUAUAUGUGCCCUGUGAUUGGCUGGCGACCAGUCUAGGGUGUACCCCGCCUUACGCCCGAAGACAGCUGGGAUAGACUCCAGCACCCCCGCGACCCUCGUGAGGAAAAGCGGUAGAAAAUGAAUGAAUGAAAGACAACU